CGUCUUUUUUCAUUUGCGUGCGUCUUUUUUUGGCAUCGCGCGUUAACCUUGGAUUUUUUCAUAGCGAAGCGCAGCACGUACGCGCGCAAGUAUCGGAUAGUCGUAGAGCGUCCCCCACUCGUUCGGCGCGUCCGAAUUUUCUGCAUUCGGCGGCGCAAAGAGUUUUCGGCUGUCGCAUUCGCGAGCGAGGCUCCCGACGGCUAGGAGCGACGCGAGCGCACACGGACCGAGCGGCGCGCGCGCUGCAACAUGCGGAAGUGAACCAGCGACCGUCGCUGAUGAUACCAGUGAACCUCCAGUGUAACAGUGAACACGCACGCUCCCAGUGAUACAAACUAUGAUAGUUGUGCAUAGCUCGACAGAGCACUGAUGGUUUUCUAUUAACGAUACAAAGGACUGUGGAAUUUACGAAAUGGAAUCGAGGGCAGGUAUCCGAGGCGGCCCGGGCAUGGACUCCCAACAGCAGCAGUACUGCCUGAAAUGGAACAGCUUCGGCUCCAACCUGGCCACCUCGUUCGCGAACCUCUGGAACUCGGAGAGUCUCGCAGACGUCACUCUAUACUGCGAAGGUCGCCAGUUCAAAGCACACAAGGUGAUCCUGGCAGCUUGCAGCAAGCACUUUCAGGAGUUGUUCGACACGGCGCCCCCCAGCCAUGCGGGCGCCUGUUACGUCAUCCUGGAGGCCACCACGGCGGACAACAUGCAGGCCCUCCUCGAAUUCAUGUAUAAGGGGGAGGUGCAUGUCAGCCAGGACGCCCUAUCGAGUUUCCUGAAGAGUGGGGAGAAUUUGCAGGUGAAAGGUUUGUCAAUGGAAAUGUCCCAAGAUGCUUGGGUCAAGCAGCAGACCCAGCAAUCGGGAGGGGAUCGUCACCAGGCUCGCAUCAAAACCAGCCCGGUGUCAGGAUCAGGCAACUGCGAGGUGCAGGAGUCUGCUCCUCCGACUCACACGGCCACCUUCGCGCCGGUUAUGCCUCAGUACGGCAUGCCGAUACACGGUGGCAGCGGCAACAUCGGCAGAUAUGCACCGCCAGCUCAUCAUGUACCCAUCCACUCGACGACUCACCGACGACCGGCACCGCCCAAACCCUCGCCAAGCCCACACACUAGGAAUUAUAGGCAAAGCUCUUCAUCAUCGCACUGCGGCAGCGUAGUCGACGAACCGGACACUCGCUCGUCGCCCGGCGCCGGCACACGCUUCGAAGACAACCCGCCCGACUGUACCUCGACCCUCAGCAACCCGAUCAAGAACAACGGCUACGAACGCAGCGCUUCGGUCAACGACGAAAUGAUCGAACGCCUCUCCAACGACCAAGGUGCAGAAGAUCUACGGGUGAAAAGUGAGAACGACUAUCACCCAACCGGAUACAACAACUCGCCGCCACCGCCGACCCCCCUGCCGCCCGCCAACUACCACGAUAAGCCGAUCGCGACAUCACCCGUGCCCCCCAAGCCUGGCCCCGACCUUUGGCCCGCGAAAAUGAUUACGAGCAAAUCUGGAGGCAUCGCUACUGCUGAUGGUAAAAAACUGAAGUGUCCAUAUUGCGAGCGGCUGUACGGUUACGAGACAAACCUCCGCGCGCACAUCAGGCAGCGGCACCAGGGCAUCCGCGUGCCCUGCCCGCACUGCAGCCGCACUUUCACGCGCAACAACACCGUGCGCCGCCACAUCGCGCGCGAGCACCGCCACCAGGUCACGCCGCACCUGCCGCAGGGCCCGCUGCCCAACCACACGCAGUAAGCGCGCCGCCGGCCGCCCGGGAUCGCUGACGUUAUAUCUUUAACGCUGUCAGCCAACGCGUCGCACCCGCAUGCAACUGACGCCCGGACAGUUUGAGACGCCUGAUUAGAAAACAUCUUUAUGACAGACAACUGAAUGCGAAUUUCGAAUUGAAUUUUUAAUUAACUUUGGAAUUUUGUGCGGUAUUGUUGCAUAGCGCGUGUGACGCGGCGGCACGGUGUACCCGGGCCCAGCGCGCCGCGUCUCGAAGCGCGUACAAUAAAAUACCUCGUCGAUGCAUAUUAUGUAAUCAAUGAUCUACCUCAAAAUUGAUCUUAAGAUUUUUUAAGGUUUUUGAAAUUGUGCGAUAAUUGUUACUUAAUUUAAUAUUUCGAGUGUGACUUCGGACGGUCGCUCAGAGGUCGUCUCCGUUCGGUACCGUGUUUCAAAAAUAUUGUACCUUGCGUCUGCACCCGUUGCGUUGGAGUACCUUGAUUUGUUUGCGAAUGUCCUAGUAAAUGUCCGGAUGACUGUGAGAUGAAGUUACCUUUGUAGACGAUUUAUUUUGAGCUCUCGGUCGAGUACGACAUAGCUUAUAUUAUAUUACCUGAGCUAGGGAAUCUUAUAGAUGAUGUUGAGACUGAUGGUCAUAGGCUAAGUGUAUGUAAAUAAUAGGAGAAUGUUGUAAAUCGCCGUGGCCUAGGUUGAAACAUGAUUUAAAGUUACAUUGUGGCAAAACUACCUCAGUUUUUAUUGAUUAUAUUAUAUUAUUUUACAUUCAUAUUACACUACACUAUACUCGUAUGACAAUAGAUUAUGUACCAGGUUUAAGUUGCAUAUUUUAUUCUGACACAACUGUGAUACAAUAGGAAACGGGCUUUAUACUUAAAGAUAUAUCUUUUAUUUUAUUUUGCCACUUUGUCGUUUUAAGGAGAAGGUAAAACGUGCGGGACAUAAGAAUGUAGGGUUUCUGCAGUUUUUUACUGUACAGUGAAUUUGAAAGGUUUUCGUUUUGUACAAAGUACAAUUUGCCCUAGAUACAUAAGUAGUUAGGUAAAGAAACGUUAUAAAAUGUGCAUGUAAGGUGUGAUGCAUGAAUGGUGUUUCAAUCCAUUUCAGUCGUUCGCUCCAGGCUCGCCUGCGCGAAUGUUACUAUUGAGACCAAAUAAUUAUAUGUUUCUAUGGGAUGGUGUCGAUUUUAACAUUCCGUUUUGAUGUUUUAUUUCAUAGUACAUUUAGAUGAAGGCCACUUACUACUUCUAUAUUCCUAGUCAUUGAAGUGCAACCAGUUGAGAUUUUAAAGAAAAUAAUAGUUUAAUAAGGGCCGGGGGCCGCGAGUAUUAUAAUGUUGUGCGGGCCCCGCCUUCGACGACGGGACAGUGCCAAAUAACCUCAAUUUUAAGUUCACAUCUACUAUUUAUUUUAUAUUUUUGUUAAGUGUGAAUGUAGCGACUGUGUGUGUUAUUCCUGAUAUUUAGGAAUAGGUUGCAUUCAUAUUUAUUAUAUUUAUAUUUUAGGAUACACAAUUGAAUAUAUUUUAUGAGAAAUGCUUUAUGAAGGCUCAGUGACUUUUUUUAAUGCUAUAGAUUUUGUUACUCGUACCAUUUGGAAGACAGCGUUUUAGUUAUCUUUUGAUGGGCUGAAGCUUACUCGUUUUUAGAAUACACGAAAGAUGCUGAGUAUUGUCCUAUAUGCUAUAUCAAUAUACCGAAGAGAAGCUAUAGUGUAUUGUACCUACUCGAGAUGUCAAUAUUAUAUUUUUAGAAUCGAAUAAGCAGGCUAUUACUCUAUUUACACAACUGAUAUUUUACUAUAAUCUCUGUCCUCACGAAUAUUUUUACCGCAGAAUUUAUAUAGGGUGCAAGGGGUUAGCAAAACCUUAAACAGUGAGAUGCCAUACAUCUGAAUAGAAGACUUGAGACUUCUUGUUUAGUAGUUAUUGAAAAAAUCUUACUUUGAAAAUAAAUACAGCACUUUUUCAAUUAGGAUACAACAGAAGAGUAUAUAACCUCCGAUUUCUUAAAUAGCCGCGAUCGUUCUAAAAUAAGUCGAUUAUUUGAUUCCCGAGAAGUCGUUGAAGAAGAUUUACUUAAUGAAUGGCAAAAAAGAUGGGAUACGUCAGUCAAAGGACGUCACUUAUAUAAAUUCUUCCCGAAUGUACGCGAACGUCUAACUAGGCGAUGGUUAGAAAUCGACCAUUGCUCGUCGCAGUUCCUCACGGGACAUGGCAACUUUAAACAUAAACUUCACGAAUUCAAACUAGUUCCAUCUCCUUUUUGCGAGUGUUCCACUGAUGAUGUCAGUCAUGAGCAGUCUGCCCAUCAUAUCUUGUGGGAGUGUGAUCUUUGGAAACAUGAACGUGAUAUAAUGCUUAAUUCAAUACAACAUACAUCUGUUUCCGCAAUUUAUUACACCGAUCUUGUCGCGACAAGGAAAAAUUUCCGUGCUUUUAAGCGAUUUUGUGAAAAAUAUUAUUGGCAGGUAGUUGCUAAUUGCUCAUAAGAUAGGCCCCCUUAAUUUAAUUUAUUGUCCGUGGUGCAUAAUCUUUUUCUUAAAGGUUUUAAACCUUUGUUUGUCACCUGUCAUCCGCUUUGCAAUGGAGGGAAGUCGAACCUUAAUUUCGAACUCCUCCUAUGUUCUUCUGAUUAAUUUCGUUGCGGGUCCAAUGACAGUUUAACUUUCCCCCGGGACAAACUUGACCUUCAUUGGUUGGGUUUUUGUGGCGGUCAAGCUGUAGAUCCUGGCUACACAGGAGUUGCAGUGGUGGGAACGAGAGGUGGGAAUAGUCCCGAUAUUUUAUAACAGAAGAGUAUGUUCUACAAUGAGAAGUAAAAAAGCAAACCAUUAGCAAUAUUUUUUUUCAAAAGCCUUUGAUUUUAAUUCUAAAGACUGUUCAGAGCACUCAUUUCACUGUUUAUGUUUUGCAAAUCUAUCCUUAAAACCCUGUAUUAAGGGUGAAUCUGUAUUGAUUUCUGGUUCGUCUAGUUGAAGGGUCCGGGGAGUUUGCAUUGGUGAGACUUCACAGACUCAUAGCUGUCCUGUCUGGAAUUUGAAAAUAGAAUUUUGCGAUGUUUUUUUGUUUUUGCGCUGGGUGAAACACAACGGCCUACUGUCCCUCAAAUGGCAAUUGUCUUUUAGACCUUAUAGUCGUUGUAAUAAGAUUGUUUUAUUAUUUUGUAGCAAUCUUACGAUUUGACUAACAUUUAGUUACCAAAACAUUUAAUACGAUUUUGAUGAUAAACCUAAAGCACGACAAUUUUUGGGACAUGAGUUUGUCUCCAUUUUCACCCUGUAUUAAAGGUACUGAUUCUUUAUUCUAGGUUUCAUAUGCGCCAAUCAUUUUACUAGUAUACUAUAAUGGAUUGCACGUGUAUUUGGUUGAGGGUGAAAAUGAAUUUGAUGUUAUCGAAUUUGGGUCUUGGGUGGCUUGCAUUAAGAAUCAGUUUUUUUCAAUAAGUUUGCAUUUAGAUUAUUUUUCUAUUGUACUGCUGAAGAUUAUCGCACAUAUUUUAUUUACGGUUAGUUUGUCUGUGACGUCUGGGUUCGUUUGGAUUGAGUUACAUCCCUAAGGAGUUGGGUUUCCGAUUACGAGCACUUUUAGAAUAACACACCUGGGUGUGUGAGUGGUGAAAAGUAUAAAACGAUCAAAAUUAUAGGCAUUCGAGCGAAGUGUCAAACGGAAACGAUCGGUCAGUAGCUCGGCUAUACACAGCACUACACUACUUUUGUAUUUGGCCGAGUAUAAUUUAUUGUAUAAAAAUCAUUACUUCUUCAUAUUAUUGGAUUUUUUUCGGUAAGUGUAUAUUAUUGUUAAGACAAUGUUUUGCUAUUUCGAACGAAAAUUUGUUAACAUUUAUGUUUUAUUAUUAUUGGAAACAAAAACUAUUUUUGUCCUUUCGUUUUUUUUUCUUAUGAAUUAAAAAUUCAUAGUUGUGAUUUCUUUUCGACAUUUAAUGUUUUUUGUGAUACGUAAAAGAGAAUUGCAUUAAUGCAUCAUGUUUUAAGCUUUUUAUUAUUUUCUUUCGGUUAGUAAGACCAUGGGUAUAAGUUACGAUUAUGAGUGAUCGUUAGGGGCUUGAAAUCAAUUGGAUUUGCUUUUAUCUAAAAUGAUAAGGUACAAACUUUAGAUUACACUAUCACGCGUCAAUUCUUUAUUUGUGUAGUUUUGUUUUGACGGAAAUUUCACUUUACCUAAUGUAAAAAUGUUUCGUAUACCUUGAUAUAGGUAUUUGCAUAUAACACGUGUAAAUUAAGUUGAUGCAUUGUUAAAGCUAAUUAGUGGACAAGUAAGUGUUCCCUAAUAGUCGUAAUGUUGUAUUUGGUGUGAUAAGUAAAUCACGUUUAGUCGGUGUAUUGCAAUCCCCCCGUUUUAAGACUUGGGCCGAUUUCCCUUAGUUUUGUUGCUGUAACCCUGUUGGAAAGCAAAGGUUGGACAAAAGUGAAGUGUUUACGCUGGUAUACGAUAAGCAUCUUGAUCCAACAUUUGGUCAAACAUCACAGUAAAGUAUCCAAUGUUGGUGAUUAAAUUGGACGUAAUGCGACCUGAUAUUGGACUAGUUUGCUAGUCUCGUUACCACUGGGUCGUCAGUCGAUAAGCUCUUUUGUGUUAGUUAAGUUUAGAUUAGUUUCUUUAUUUGUAAAUAAAUCGCGAUAAUGUCGUGAUGGUAAAGCCAAAGAUUGUUACGGGUAUGGUGACCCUCUGCCGUCACAUGGGCCUUGUACAGAUUUUACAUUCGAUUGGUUGAAAAUUAAUAUCUUUUCGCUGGUCGAUAACAUUGGGCAUUUAAAAUCAGUAAAAACGAAUGUAGACUCAUGCGGGGCCCUCUUAGGAUAAGUCUAUCUACCUCGAGGAGUAAACCUAGUUGUAAGUGUAAGCUUAUAGAUUUUUUAUAUGAAGAUGAAAAUAUAAAAUUAAGUUUUUAAGAGAAAUUGUGAAAAGAUAAAAAAAAUAAAAAAUUUAAAGUACAAAUAUUCUACCUCAGGAUUCAACUUUAGUCCCUUCUAAAAUUCUAUCACGCAGAUGUAUUUUGAAAUGUUUCGAAAAAAAAUAUAUUGAUGUAUACCUCUAUAUUUUUUAUUUUGUAUCAUGUUUCCGAGUGUUAUUCCACUCUGAUAUAUUUAUUGAUCCUAAAGUUGUGUGGAACAACCUUGUAUAUUGUUGAAUUGUAAAUAAUUCAGUUGGAAUACUAUUAAUGAUAAAUAAAUCGCAUACAUUUGAAUCUCUGCAAGGUAGACAGUGCUUUCGGCCUGGUGCGUCUCUGAGGGUAGAUGCCCGCACGACGAGCCACCGGGUUGAUAGUCCUAGUUAAUAUUUAGCCAGUAAGUGUUAAUUAGGUUAGAUUUAAUAAUCUCAUCGAUGUACCUCAUUUCGUAAGCACAAUCUUCUGGGGGUCGGCCGCAAGUCAUCUCAAGUAAUCUAGUUGUACCUUCCUUCACUCCCCGGAGUAUAAAUCAUUUUUUUUUAUUCGUAAUUUUAUUAUCAUUACAUUUUCCCAGUUACUUUUUGUGUUUCAUAGAUGUUACUAUGUUUUAAGGAGAUGAAAAAAAUUGAAAAUUAUUGUUUGUUAGGUUUAAAAAAUUAAAAAAUUGUAACAAAAUUUA